UUUUUUUUUAAUAGGUUUCUCUCACUUGCAACCUUCUAACAUUAGCUGUCAUAAUUCAUUAGGUUAGCUAAACUCGCUAUGGUGUAUAGUAGCCGGAAAUAUUAACGUCAGUUUAUUCAUUUAUGUCUCAAAUUGCUUUAGCGUGUGUUAAAACUACGCAGUCAGUGUUAAAUGUGUUCAAAAGUUGCGUAAAUACACGUGUGUUGUAAAUUAUCUGUUAGUGCCGUUGCUUAAAUGACAGGUAUUGCUUCAUAUUAUUCGUGUUAGUGUUAGAUCAGGUACGUGAAGGCACCGUUACCUUUAGCUACGCGGCCCCCUCUUAAAACAUGACGGGUCCUGCCUGGAUCAACAAGCACCGAGUUCAGGUACAUUCCUGUGUCAUUUUCAGCUCAGCUUGGUGAGGGUAAGCAAAUUCGGACGGGCACGGUGCUGGUUACUUUUAUAAUGCCAUAAAACACAAAGCUGCACAGGACGCUCCCUCUGAAACGUUAUAAAGCCUAGUGAUAAUGUACAUUGUUUACACAUUGAAUUUAGUGCUGCAAAGACUUUAUUUGGAGUCCUGUCCUCCCCCAAAAAAUGAAGACUUGAGGUUGCUGUGUGACUAAAUGCCUCUUUGCCUUGGAGUGUCCAUGUGUUUCGUCACUGACUUACUCAGAAGUGCUCUCACAUACACACAUUGGGACCUUUGUAAAUCUUGCACAAUCCAAAACCUGCACAUACACAAACCAACUCAUGCAUUCCUGGCCACAGCAAACACAGCCACAGACCUGUACAAAUCAACAACGCAAACUUAUCACUAACUCAGCUACAGGACGCCACAACUCAAAUAUCACAGGACUCCCUCCUCCCACCUCUUUUACUCCUCCUUCUACAUACCUCUUGAGCUGGCCAGGACUACUAUCUAUUCCUGCAUUUUUUUAAAUGCUGCAAGCCACUGUAGGAAAUCCAGCCAUUUUACUGGUGAGCUACUGAGGUCGUAUUUUGUUAUGAAGGCCACAGGAUAAAAUGCCUAGAAAUGCAUGAUUUUUUUCUUUGUGAAUUUUGGGCAUGUAUUUGACUUAUUCUAAUAACGAUCCAUGCCUCCUCCUCAGCUAUUUGUGACUGUUUUGGUCUAUAUGGAUCACAAUCCCGAGGCUUCCUGUCUAACAGAGAUGCUCCAUGAUUAACCAAACUGGAUAUUUUUGAUGUUUUUUACAGAGUGAGUGAUUAAGAUCUAUACCAUUAGCAUUACACAUUCUGUAAUCAUAUCAUAACAUAUUGUCAAUGUAAAGUAAAUGUAUGCUACCAACCAUUCAGCAGAAUAAAUGUUCGGUCUGAAAUCAAACCAAACUGCCAUGGAAGGUGAAGCAGAGAAGGAGGCUUCAGGUCCUCUGGAGAAGAGGAGUUUUAAUGAACAGACAGAAGAGAGUGAGAAUGAAGAUGAUGAGGUGGACUGCAGACGCCUGCAUAUUCCUUUGUAUCGAUGGGUUAUGCACGGGGCAGUGAUGUUUGGCCGGGAGUUCUGCUAUGCCAUGGAAACUGCCCUUGUGACACCGGUCCUGCUGCAAAUAGGUCUUCCUGAGCAAUAUUACAGUUUAACCUGGUUCCUGAGUCCCAUCCUGGGCCUCAUCUUCACACCUCUGAUUGGUUCAGCAAGUGACCGCUGCACUCUGCGAUGGGGUCGGAGACGACCGUUCAUACUGGUUCUGUGUGUGGGCGUACUGAUGGGAGUAGCGCUCUUUUUAAAUGGCUCAUUAAUAGGUCUUUCCAUAGGUGACAGCCCUGGCAGCCAGACAAUUGGCAUAGUCCUCACUGUCUUCGGUGUAGUAGUGCUGGACUUUUGUGCUGAUGCAUCUGAAGGACCAAUCAGAGCUUACCUUCUUGAUGUCGCUGAUACUGAGGAGCAAGAUAUGGCCCUGAAUAUUCAUGCUUUCUCUGCUGGGCUGGGUGGAGCAGUGGGUUACAUGCUGGGUGGUCUAGACUGGACUGGUACAGCUAUUGGUCGUGCAUUUAAGUCACAGGAACAGGUCCUUUUCUUGUUUGCAGGCAUCAUCUUCAUAGUUUCAGUCACACUGCACAUGUUCAGUAUACCUGAGCAACCCCUCAUCCUGUCCCACCAGUCUAAAACUACAGGAAGUGGAGAGUCUACCAGCCAGUUGUCUUUUCGGCCUGUUAGCCACACACCACCGCUUCUUGAUGUAAUUGCAGAGGAGGACGCUGUUGCUCAGGCUUCAUCCAGAGAGGACAACGAAUCAGAUAGGGAAGAAGGGGAAAUGGACUUCCUGGCUGUGGACAGAAUCCGGAGUAAAAGUGAUUCAGUUUUAGCAAUGCCAGAUGCUGCAAUUGAGUUAGAUCCUGAUCUUCAUCCGGAUGGUCAGCUUUUCUUGCCAGAGUCGCAUCACUUUCUACCAGAAACACAGGCGGAAGAUAUUUUCAAGCCAUCAGACCACAGCACUGAAUCCUCUUUUCUUCCUGCUCCCCCUCCUGGAGAUUCAACUACUGUUCCUGAUGGGAUGCAGGAUCUACAACCUAAAAAUGUAGCAUUUCCAGAGCUUAAGGCUCCAACAAACAGUCCUUCUUCUCUUCCCCUCACAACUGGGUCUGAUUCAAACAACAGCCAAGUACAGCAGACCAAGGCUACCAAUGGUGUCAAUACUGGCUGCUCUAACAGUUCCAAUGUAAUGAAAAGCCAUCCCACCCCCAAGUUGGGAAGCCGCCCCACCAGUACCUCAGUAGCCAAACGGCCACACCCUCAUACAUUCUACAGACAGCCCUCCUUCACUUUUUCUUACUAUGGACGGGUAGGAUCACAACGCCACAGACUUCGACGAGCUACACCAGCAAGCCCUCGGCGAAUCACCACGUCUCGCAGUCUGAAUGAUCUGAGUGACCUCCAGAAGCAUGCAGAGAGGCGUGAGUUGCAGCUGUCAGUCAGCAGUUUAUCAUCUGACGGCUCUAGCAGUGAAGGUCAGGGGCCUGACCAGGGCACAACUGUCCGACUGCUUUGGCAGUCCAUGAUGAAGAUGCCAAAGCAGCUAUGGAGACUGUGUGUGUGUCACCUGGUCACAUGGUUCUCUAUAAUAGCUGAAGCAGUGUUUUACACAGACUUCAUGGGACAAGUCAUCUACCAUGGAGACCCCACGGCACCAGCCAAUUCCACAGAGCUUCAAAAUUAUCACAGAGGGGUACAGAUGGGCUGCUGGGGACUGGUGGUCCAUGCUGCUACUGCUGCUGUAUGCUCAGCAAUCCUUCAGAAGUACUUGGAUAAUUUCGACUUGAGCAUUAAGGCCGUCUACAUUGUUGGAACACUCGGAUUCUCAGUAGGCACAGCUGUGAUGGCAAUCUUUCCAAAUGUCUAUGUAGCCAUGGUGAUGAUCAGCAGCAUGGGCAUCGUGUCCAUGAGUAUCUCAUAUUGUCCCUAUGCGCUACUUGGGCAAUACCAUGAAAUGAAAGAGUAUGUUCAUCACAGUCCAGCAAACACACGCAGAGGUUUUGGUAUUGACUGCGCCAUCUUAACCUGUCAGGUUUAUAUCAGCCAGAUUCUGGUUGCAUCAGCCCUUGGGUCUGUGGUUGAGGCAGUUGGCAGUGUUCGUGUCAUCCCUAUAGUGGCUUCUGGGGGCUCCUUCCUGGGAUUCCUCACUGCCUGUUUCCUUGUCAUUUAUCCUGAUAUGGAGUCUGGCAACUCAGGACAGGACCAAGGCUUUGAGGGUUCAGCUGCAAAUGGAAAUAAGAACAGUCCAAGGCUGGCUCUGCUGGACCUCACCUCUUCAGAGAAGACGGAGAACCACUCUACUGUCUGAGCAUGAACUCAUACAGAAUGUUUUGGGUUCAUUCUUGCCAAACACAAUGAAGUUAGUAAGGAUUAUAACAAACACGUCUGUGCUAAUGUGAUGGUCUGUGCCACUCUGAAGGUAGAGAAAUGAUGAAAGAAGGGAAAAGGGCAGAUGACACCUAAUGGGUAGACAGUUGGAGUGUUCUGCUUCUGCUGCUUGUACCUCGAGUCAGUCACAAACAAGUGUUUGAUGAGUAAGAUGAACAGGAAUGAUUAUGAGGGAAGGAGGAGCCAUUGAAAUAAAAACAGCCACCUGACAUACUUGGUGAGGCUACUGAAACCAACGAAUACUACUGAAACAAACAUAAGCCUUUAUAGUGAUAACCUCAGUGGGAGGAAAACACAGCACUUUCAUAUCUUACCUCUGAAAUGUAGGCAGUUGUCACAUUGAUGCUGGAGACUUAUUUAAUAAAUUAUAUAAAAUAGAGCUAGCUUUACACAUGACGAUUUGGGACGUAGCAAUAUUUAACUCAACAGAUGCUGCUCCAUAACUGCUUUAUAGACAAUCAAAAUGCUGCCAAAGCAUGACUUUUUGGUCCUCUUCCUUAAAAUUGUAGGUUGAUUGCGGAUAAAAUCUUUUUGGAAUAGUUUUAUCAUAGUGUUUUACUACAUUUUGUAUUCAAGGGACAGCCACAGCAUGGUCUUGGAUAAAUGUAAAACACACAUUAAGACGCUCUAUUGUUCUGUUUCUGGGGCGUUACGGUGGUGCAGUGGUUAGCACUGGCACCUCACAGCAACAAGGUCCUGGGCUUGGUUCCAGUGUUGCACGGCAGCUUACAUGUUCUCCCCAUGUCUGUGUGGGUAAAUACAGGAGCACUCUCUUCUAUCACUGAUAACACUUUCUCAUAUCACAGUUGAAUUUACAGAUGGAUCAGUUACCACACUGACUUUAUUUAUUGUAAAAUGCCAAAUGUAAUGUUUAAGACUACAGUAAAUUUAUAAUAUAAAUAACAUUUUAUCAAGGCCAUAUUAGUUAGAACCUCAAGUGAUGGGUUUGUGUUUUUUGUUUGAUUCUAUUGCAGGUUGAUGCUCACUUCACUUUCUACUGAGUGACUUUAGCAAGUUUUUUUCAAAUAUACAGUACAAUCGGUUUAUUUUUUACUAAAAAAUGGGAAAAUCAGAUAAGAUUUAUUGUCUUCUCUCUGUCACGGUGAAGGGAUUGCAGUUUGCGUUUGCACUUUAUAUUGGAAUUAAAAUGACCUCAGCUCUGAUGUGUAUAAUAGCACUGUGUGCCGUUAUGAUCAAUACUGCCUUAAACUUCGCCUUGAAAUAUCACAGUUUAAAAUACCUCUAGGAUUUAAUACCAGUUUACUUGAACAAGUCAUAAGAGGUGGCAGAGUUUGUCUAAAACAUACAUGUCCUAACCAGAUGUAAACAUGUCAUUAUAAAUGAAUACAUACAGAGUGUGAUAAGCUUACAUUACUAUUGUGCUUCCUUCAUAAAGAUACUGUUGAAUAUGGAAGUUGAUAUAAUUGGCACUUAUCACUGCAUAGAGCAGCCAUCUGGCAUCCUGUCACUAAUAAGAGUUUGACUGGUUUAAUCAGGGAGUUUUAAUGUCUUGUGGUCUGAGGUGUUCUAACUGAAUGCUGCACGUUGAACAGUGGAGAGACCAUGUCAAUGCAAGGACAACCUAUGCAACCAUAAAAUCUCCUUGUCAAGGGGUUUUCACCAAAUUAACCUUAAAGCAAAUAACCUCAGCUUGCUUUUGUUCUUAACAGACUGUUAAGCUUGGAAAGUUCAGAGAAAGUGAAAACAUUGUACAGCACCUUUUAUUGAUUUCAGAUUUCACUAAUUAUACUGUCUUAUUAAACAAUGAAGAUCUUAAUUCAUUGAAUAGUGUUUAUAAGGUGUUAGAAAAUGCAUUAUAAGUUCUUGGCCUGGUUUUUUAAAAGCGCUUUUUGCUAUCUUUUAU